AGUGUAAUGAAAAGCAGAGAGUGAGAGAAGAAAUGAUGUCCAUAUUUAGGCGGGAAAUGUGGAAAUAGAAAGUUUGUUACACAAUCAAAAACAACACUCUUUCAAUUUUGAUCAUCAUCACCAUCACCACCAUUACAGAAAUAAAGAAACACAAAAUUGUAUAAUUCUUAGAAUUAAUUUACCUUAAACAGAGAUAUGUCUUCUGAAAUACAAGAAGAAAAUAAAAAUGAAACAACAACAGCAAAAAUGGAGAUGAAUAAUUUCAAAUUCAAUGUACAUGCACCUGAAUUUGUUCCAAGAACACAACCACAACAACAACAAACCCAAAUGCCAAUAUCUGGAUAUAUUUAUCCAUGUAUUCAUUUUCUUGGUUCUACUAGUAAUGGAUCUGAUUGGUAUUAUGUUGCAGAUCAAGAAACAAUUCAGUUAAUUCCUAAUUCUUCUAACAUAACACAAAGGCAUUCGAAGAAUUUCCUCACUGAAGAUAUUCGACAUAAGAUCAUUAAACAGGUGGAAUACCAGUUCAGUGACAUGAGUUUAUUUGCAAGUGAUAUCUUGAUGAAACAUAUUAGUAAAGAUCCUGAAGGUUACGUUCCAUUAUCUGUUAUUGCCUCUUCAAAGAAGAUUAAAUCCCUCGUUAGUAACAGCCAUUUGCUCAUCCAAGCACUGCGAACAUCCUCUAAACUUGUUGUUAGUGAUGAUGGCAAGAAGGUUAAGCGUAAACACCUUUUCACGGAAAGAGACAAAGAGGAUUUGCAGGCGCGUACUGUUGUGGCAGAAAAUUUACCCGAGGAUUACACUCACCAAAAUCUUGAAAAAAUCUUUGGCGUGGUUGGAAGUGUGAAGACAGUUCGGAUAUGCCAUCCCCAGGAAUCCAAUGUUUCUCGUCCUAAAGGAGAUGUACUUAUUAGUAACAAGCUCCACGCUCUAGUGGAAUACGAAACUGUCGUCCAAGCAGAGAAAGCAGUUGAAAAGUUAAAUGAUGAAAGGAACUGGAGAAAAGGCCUUCGUGUAAGAUUGCUGCUUAGACGCUCGCCAAGAUCUGUUAUGAAGGUGAAGGUCUAUGACCAUUUUGAAGGUGUCUCGGAAGAUGAGACUGCAUCCCCUGUAUCAGCGGAUGAAUCGUCGCAGCCUAAUAACGUGGAAGUACAGACUGAAAGCAAUAUUGAAGAUAAUACUGCUGGAUCAAAGAAAGGGUGGGCUCGAGGCCAUGGAAAAUAUCGCGGACGUUCUCAGAAUAAUUCCGCUCGUGGUCUAAUUGCUUCAUCCCCACAAUCAAGCUGCUUAGUCCAGUGUGAAGCAUCAAUUAAUACCAAUAAGCAGGCACCACGAGGACCAAGGAUGCCGGAUGGUACUCGGGGUUUCACUAUGGGGCGUGGGAAACCACUAACCAGUUCUGCUGCGCAACUAGAGUGAUGGUGGUGAGCAGUAAACUCAUCUGGCUUACUUCCAAGGGCAGCAUGCAGUUCUCUGUACGUAGGAGCUUUAAUCAUCUUUGCAACAUUUUAUCAAUAAUUCCCAAGUUAGUAUAUGAUGUAUCAGUAUUCAAAACAAAAAUCACAGUUACUGUCUCGACAAUUUUUUUUCUUUUCCUUCUCGUUUUUUUUCCCCGGAAAAAUGCUUGUUUUUCUUCAGUUUUGUAGAUGAUUUAUUGUUUUUAUAACCUUGGUUUUCAAAUAAUGAAAACAAAGUGUACAAUUUUGUUUCUGUUGUAAAAGAAAAGAAAAUGGUUUCUCUUUUAUGAAUCUUGGUUUCACUAGGUA